UAAACUUGCGUUUAUAUAUGUACGUAGCAUUUCGUUGGAAUUAUUAAGAAAAAUCGGUCAAAUUUAAUAAUGCCGGCUCCAGCAAGUUCUACAUCUGUGGGAAGUGGUUCCCGAUCGCCUAGUAAAUUAUCAGCACCUCGUGCGUCGGGAACUGGUAGUAAUUUGAAGCAGCGUAAAACAACAAGUAGCACAGGUACAGCCCCCAGAAGCCGUGCUGCUGGUGGUGCAGGAACAGGCGGUAUGUGGCGCUUUUAUACUGAUGAUUCUCCUGGCAUUAAAGUUGGCCCAGUUCCUGUACUAGUUAUGUCAUUAUUGUUCAUAGCAUCCGUUUUCAUGUUGCAUAUUUGGGGUAAAUACAAUCGUUCAUAAAUGGAAACAAUUCCAUACACGCCAACGUCAUCAAAAUCCAGUUGGCAUCCAAAUAAUACAAACUUAUCAGUGUAAUCUUUUGUGUUUAGAUUUAAGUUAAUAUUUUUGUAGCCUUAAAGACUGGAAAUAUUUAUUAAUUUCUAUUAAUGUCAAAAUUCAAUAAAUGAAAAUGGCGAUUUAUUUAAUUCUGUAA